AGUCAGUUUCAGAGCACAAGGUCUCACUGUGGCACUCAUAGCACAUCAGACAUCAGCAAAGCGAGGACGAGGUCACACGGUGGACAACAAGCCUAAUCCGGCCAGACAAGACAGAAAAAAAAAAACAUAGAAGAAGCUCUAAGCUGUCAGGUUUCAAAACAUCUUCAUUGGGAACAUGUCUCUCGAGCUGACGUUCAACCCUGAUGUACAGCUGACGGAGAUGAUGCGUCUGCGCGUACAGUCUUUGGAGCAGCGAGGCCAGAAACGGCAAGACGGAGAGCGCUUACUGAAGCCCAACGAGCACGUCUUCCGCCUGGACUUCACCGAACAGGCCCUGCAUUUUACCCGCUGGAACAUCCGCAUAUCCGCACCCGGCCGGCUCAAUAUCAUCGCCACGUCCCAGCUCUGGACGCCCGACCUCACAUACCUCAUGACCCGCCAGCUCCUCGAACCGACCGGGCUUUUCUGGAAAAGCACAGAUGACGAUCUCAUCCAAUGCUAUGAGGCUGACGCCCAGGAGUUUGGCGAGAGGAUAGCCGAGCUGGCGAAAGUCCGCAAGGUGAUGUAUUUUCUCUUCGCUUUCGAAGACGGCUUGAGUCCAGAGAACAUCGAGUGCUCCAUAGAGUUCCAGAAGUGAGAAGGGUACAACGACUUUCUGUUCAUUCUACUUAACUCAGACCUGGUAGUUUAAAAUGAUGUUCCUGAAGACCUUUAAAAUUAGAAGAACUUUAUCUGUCUGAUUGUUCAUAUUUAGCUGUUUUUGUGACUGUGAUGAGACUUCAUUAGAGGUAACCCAAGAUAAAUCACACUAAUAAUUCAAGAAGAUCAAAAUUAUUCAUGAAUAAAGCUAAACUUGUGCUUUUAGUGGUUGUAGUUAUUAAUUCUUUGAAUAAUUGAUGCAAAUAACUGUACUGGGGUGUAAUGGCAGUGCCCUUGAGCAGUGGUUCUCAAUCUUUUUGACUUAAAGGCUCCUUAAUGUUCACGAUAAUAUUUGCAGCCCAUGACUAUUCAAGUUGUUCAGGAUUUUAUGGAUUGAAAAUAGGAAUUUUUAAAAAAUAUUUUUGAGCAUGGUAUAAAUACAAAAAUGCAUGUUAAUAAAAUAUAUACAAAUCAGUGGUGUGCGGUGGUGUUCUGAAAUAAGUUAAAUGUAAAUUGUCAC